AUGGAGGCAUCAAGGCCUACACCGUCCCGUCAGCGAACUGCGGAUCCAGACUGGGCGUACUUCUGUGAGAAUGCUUGUCUCUCGAGCUUCUCGGGUUGCGUCGAUGAAGAUUCGACAAUGACAGAGCAAGAGAUUUCCAAUUACAUCUUGUACUCGAAGCCGGAACUGCAUGAGAGGCUUGACGGAAUACCUCUUCCCAGCUCCUACCUGCCAACCGAUGAGUACAACAAUGGUCGCCUCAGUGAGCAGCAUCAACGUGGUGGCGAUAUAGACCGUACCAUGUCAUCGUCAUUGCAUGAACAACCCGGAGGAACAGCCGAGGUGUCUGUUUCGCAAUCAGUGGACGAUAACCAGCUGCAACCCAUUGAGACCAAUGCUGAAGGUCAGGCUUUCGAAUUCGUUUUUGAUGGAUACCGCUUCGCCUUGCAUCGCCAUUCCGAUCUGGACAUGGUGUACUGCUGUUCUUACCCAACCUGCCGAAACCCGAUGAACGUGAUACCUCUUGGAGAGUGCUAUGGAAGCGUAACGGAUGAAGCUUCGAAUCAGAGCCGGACCUAUUUCGAAGAGUACCCAAGAACGGUGUACUACUGUUUCGAUUGUCUUGAGCAAGUUCUCAACCACGAAUUCGAAAUCGAGAUGGCGCAUGAGAUACUCCCACAACUUGUCGAUGGAACUCACGAUAAUGAGAUGACGCUCGAGUUGGCAGAAAAGCUACACCCACUCCUCGAUAGCAAGAAAUUCAAAUGGAUGUACUUUCCCCAGGAGCCACCCCUGACCCCGGGAAAAGACUCCAACUCCAAGAAAGGAAGUCUCUUGCGCCGCCAGAAACAGUAUGAGAUCGAACGAAUCAUAAAGGAUCUUGAGGGGCAGUUGGUGGGAAAGGAAGAAUACCUCAUGCCCACCAGGGACGCCGGCUCGCAAUCUCCCGACCUUCGAAUCCACAAACGACAUGAUCUCUCGCCUUUCCGGGAUAGAUACAAGAAGCAAGGUCUUGAGUAUUGUGACCUACACGAUCAUUCGGAAUCAGGUGGAUCAGAUGCAAAGAAACGCCCGCAUACUCCCGAUGGUGCUGGACGUCACGAUUCGAGUGCGUUGCGUUGUUUCUGCACAGAGCCACCUGACGAUGAUGGUAUGGUUCAUUGCAGUUCAACCUCGUGCAUGUUUGGAGCUAUUCACUUGAGAUGUUCUGGUCUGGACAAUGUCGCCUGUGCCCAAGAGGGAUUUGUUUGCAAGUACUGCAAAGUUGAUGGCUCUGCAUGUUCUGGAGAUAACAACUGUUCACACAGCAUGACGGGGGAGUCCGAAUCCGAUUCACUGAGUGAUGAUGAAUCCUUCAAAUACGAGACCACAGAGAGUGAGACCACAGAGGAGGAUGACAUUGAAACUUCUGAUGAGCUGGAAGAACUGGAAGAAGGUGAAGCUGAGUAUCUUGCACAGCAAAAUGCCGGUCGUGUCCAACUUUCAGGCUUCACUGCGGUGAACGCUCGCCAUUGA